AUGAACGAAUUCUUCAGCGCCGGUGAGAUGAUCAGCUUUGACGAGGCGGACUUGAUGGUGCGUAUAGAAUCUGUGGAGAGCAUGAAGGUCGAGUUUGAAAUCAGCCAGUCAAAGCUAGAAAAAUUAGAUUUGCUCGAGCUUUCAACGGACUCCCGCUCAGACUUCGAAAAGGUUUACUGGAAGAUCAAAGCCACUCUCGCUCGUCAACUGGAUGUACUCACUAAGGGACAUAUGACGGACGCCAACUCAACAACUAUACCACGCUUUGCUGAAAGUACGCACACACUUGCUCACUCGUUCAACCGUAAGUCUCGCCUGCCGGAAUUGCAGCUGCCCAGGUUCAGCGGAUCCUACGAGGAUUGGCCGGAUUUUUACGCCAUGUACAAGACUGUCAUAGGCAGCAAUGAGGACCUGAGUAAGAUUGAGAAAUUUCAGCAUUUACGUGCGUGCUUAGAUGGUGCUGCUCUCAACACAAUCAAAUCGGCCACGUGCGAGCUAUAA